GAAUUUGCAUGCAGUGGGGAUUCCUUCGAAGUAAUGUUUUUCCGGAUGAAAAUUUCGCGAGAAAAACGAUGGUGUGGUCAAAAAAGUUCGUCAGUGCUUUUUCAGCGCGGAAAAAGCUCGUGAAAGUUUCCGGGUCUCUGAUUGGCUGAUGACGUCAUCUAGCGGCUAUCCGAAUCCAACAUGGCGAUCGGCCGUAAGGUAAACAUUGCGCGUGCGGCUUUCUAUCGUGAAAUGUUCAAUUAUUGUGUGAAUCAAAUGUGAAUUGCUAAUUUAAUCGCGAGAAUGGCGCCGAAAAUUGUUUCCGAUGGAUACGUAAAGGCAGACAGUCGCAAUUUGCCCAAAUUAACUCUUAGGAUGGUCGUCGACUUCUUCAAUUCAUCGGUCAGGCUGGAGCCCGAGGUCCAGCAUGUGAAGGAGAUAAGGUCAAGUCGGGCAAGCUACGGUGAUCAUGCGGUUUGCUAUGUGCAAGUAAAAAGAGAGGGACUUAAAGUGUGCCUCAAAGGAGAAGUCACCCCAGAGCAUAGAGUACGUAACAAGGGCUACCCCGUGAUGAUGGAACUUGACGAAGGGCUAAUGAAGAUAACGAAAGCAGCUUGUUCCGGAUGUGCAGCUAGCUCAGUUAUUUGCAAGCAUGUUUUCGCAUUUGUGGCCUGGGUGAAUCGGAGAAGUGAAACACCGUCUGUCACUUCUGUUGAUUGCUACUGGCUCCGAUCGCCCCUUGCGAAGGUUGGCUCCACGGACAAAUUCAAGUUGAUUGCUGCAAUGGGCAAGAAGCGCCACACUGCAUCGGUGCUGCCAGAAAAUUUGGCCCAGUUUCGAAAUCUCAGCAACAAGACCUUCCAAAAGUCAGGGUUCCAAGUUUAUGCGCAAGUGACAAAUCCUGAGGUCACCUUAUCAAUUCACCGUAUGCAUACAUCCUAUGUUUAUGAUACUCCAGACCCUCAUACCGUUGACAGUUUUACAGACUUUUGUGCCUCUCUAAUGACUGUAGAGGAAUGCUUAAAGGUAGCUGAGGAAACAAAAAACCAGGCUUUGUCUGAUUUGUGGUUUGAGUUUCGAUACGGGCGAGUAACUGCAUCUAAGCUACAUGAAGCAGCAAGGUGCCACACUGAGGACGGUUCCCUAGUUGCCACUAUACUAGGAGCCAAAAAGUUCAAAGAUACAAAAGCAAUGGCCCGGGGGCGGAGGUUAGAGCCUUUAGUUUUAAGUAAAGUUAGGAAAAUACGGAAAACAAAAGUUCCUAUGCAAAAGACUGGAUUAGUUUUAAACAGCGCGUACCCAAUGUUUGGUGCUUCGCCUGAUGGUAUUCUUGGAGAGCAUGUUGUGGAAGUUAAGUGUCCAGCUUCCGGGGAAACCUACCCAUCUUAUUUUAACAACGAUUUUACGGAACCAGCACCUAAGUACAAAGCCCAAAUUUUGCUUCAAAUGCUUUUAUGUGACAAGCAAAAAGGCCUGUUUUGUGUCGCUGACCCAGAUUUCGAAAAUAAUGGGUUUGUAAAAAUAAUUGAAGUAAAGUUUGAUAGAGCUACUAUUAUGGAAUUGAUUACUGCUGCCACAGAAUUUUGGCGUAAAUAUGUUUAUCCAAAGUUGUAAAGUAUCUACCUCUGGCGUUUUCCUAUGAUCUCAGCCGUUGUACACAUUAAAGUCUCUCACCAUGUUCAUGUUUAGAAAAUUAUUAUUGCGUUUUUCUUAUCCUUUAUUUUGGUUACUUACUAGUUGGAAAUUUUUAUGUAUGUUACUUCGUUGGGUCGUGGAAUAUUACUUACUCAUGUUCUCAAUUCUCUUCUUUAUAUGACCUCAUUAAGUCCCUUGAAUGCUCAGCCUUCUCAUUUCCGCCUUAACAAUUCUUAUAAACUUGUUGGUUUUUGGGAAUCUUGUGCCUAACUACACUGAUGCCUGAUAAUGGGUUUUUUCUGAGUUUCAUCACUGUGAUACAAUACGUUUUUUUCUUCGAUUUAAGAUUCAAUUACUUGAUGUUUAAGCUGUGAAUGUGAUUGGAUUUCAGCCCAACAUCAGUGAACUGCUUUUGUACAAGCAGAUCUAAUCAUUCUUAUAGUCUCAUUCAUAAAUACUUGUCAGUAUUUCAGAGUGUUUGGUGCCUCUCUGAUAUAGUCAUGUUAAAAUUGAUCUCCUGUUAUAAAUGUAGAUAGUAUAAUAAUUCAUAAUGUUUUUUCUUACCAUUUUCGUUGUACAGUUUCAUUGAAUGUGAUUGUAGCAUAAUAAUCGUGUAAGGUGCUCUUAAUAUUAAAUUAUAAGCAGCAGUUACCUUCAAAUCA